UUCAAGCACCACUGUAUCCACAGUUUGGUCUUUAACUGCAGGAAUGAUGAUUUCCAGAUGUUUCCCAGUUUGGUGAAGGCUUGGUGCAGGCCAAUAACAUUAUAUGUCAUGUGUCGUUAAUCUUUUUUUCUGAACCUUGAACCAUUUCUGGACCACGUCCCCAAUCAUCAUCAUCAUCAUGUAACCUGGAAAAACACGUUUUCUUUUGUCCCCUUCUUAUCUCUCUUUAUCUCUCAACCUUGUCACCGUGUGUAAUGGUCCUAAUGUAAGUGCUGUUGAAACGUACACCUCGCUCCAUCAACAUUUUACACGCCACAGAGGAACCCUUUCUUCUCACAGUGGAGCUUUGAGAGCUUUUCACAUGAUGCAGGAUUGUAAACUCAUAACCAGAAGGAUUUGUAGGAUUUUUACAAAGUCAACCAGUAAAUCAAAAGUCACAUUUCAGAACCUGUCGAUGAAGAGGCUCCAGACUGACUCCAAUAGUUAGCUGCUCGUUUGUGAAUCAAGUACACACAUCAGCUUGCUUUCAUUUGCAAAUGAAUAUGAAGUUAGUAAUGCCCUCCAAACAUUGCUCACCCCCCACCCUGAUAAACCCACUCAUACUGUUUAAGUGUAACUGGAGACCCAAUUGUGCUAACAUCCCUGCGAAGUAUUGGCUCAUACAGUCAAAUUCUUUUAAUGCUUCACUACCAUUUUCUCCCUCAACAUCUCCCUCUUCCACUCCGGCUGUAUCUGUUCCUGAAUUAUUCUUUGAAUUUAAUUCAGCGUCAUCCACCUCUCGUUCUUUAUCUGUUUCUCCAAGGUUAUCUCAGUGUGCUCUAUCUUUUUUCUCUGCAUGAAUAGAAAACUUAAACCCACAUGAGGAAUGUUCUGGUGCUCCUAAUGAGAUUAAGUACUGAAGCACUGUCACGUCUAGACACACUGGAUCCACAAUACGCAACCCACAGCCCACCCAUCCCCCCUCCCUCCUCCAAACACAGAAACAAGGAACAAGCUGGCCCUCAGGUAAGCUCACCUGCAUGGCCCGCAUUUUGUCAUCUGUCAUGGCUAUUAAUGCUUAACGUUGCUCUCCAUCAGUCCCUAUAAUGGACGUGAUCUUUCACUCCAGCUUCAUCUAGAAAGUGGCCCUGAUGCAUGUUCUAAAUAAAAUAAUUAAAGAAAUAAACAAAUAUGAUUCAAUAUUACUUUAGAAAUAUGGAUCAAGAGUUUGUAGGAUUCAAUAUUUAGAAAAUGAUGAACACAUUUUUUUUUCUUUAGACAGAUAAACAUCAUUUCUCUAAACAAAUUAUUAUAUAUUACUCUAGUAUUGUAAUCAUUUUGCAUAUUUUUUCCAAAUAGUUAUUGAAUAAUCAGCUUUAGGAUUUGGAAAUGUAAAGGACACAAUAAAACUAAUCGGGUGUAUUUCCUAUUGAUUCCCAUUGGGUUUUCUGCUCUCAGCCUGCUCACCGUAUUCACUGCUGAUAUAACGACCUUGUAUCUGUUGCUCCAGUGAAAAUGAACGGAUAAGUCUGUGUGAAUUAACAAACAUGUCCCAAGUAGACACACUCUUCUGAUUGUGUGAAUGUGUAAAUAUGCCAUUUAGACUGUAGCUCCUCCAUACCCUUAAUUCGCUUACUUUAACUAGCAGCAUUAGCAAGAUUUCAUUGUUGACUUGUGCUCUAGGAAUCCCUGUGCAUAUUUGCUUAAAAGUCUUUUAGCAGUUCAUAAAGACAGCCUGGUCCCCUUCCUGUUGGGACUCUAUCAAGGCUCUGCUAAGUCUCUUUGAUUUCCCAUCCUCCAAUCACAUCAUGACAUUGACUCAUCCCUGGGCCACUUCAAAGGCUGAGAAUAGGGGCCCAAGCUCCGCCUACUAGCAGUGUCCCCUUAAAUCUCCCAGAUGUCCUCUGUGCUCCUUAGAAAGGUGUCUAACCCUCAUCCUCUCCAUACCUCUGGACUUAACGUUAGUAUUUGUGGAUCUAACUGGAGCUUCAGGAAAUCAUAUGGAGAGCUUGGUGCUGUGAAUGAAAGGGAUUCUGGAAAACAUCUGAUUAUUCCCAUCUUGAUUUUUGCCACAGCCAAAGAAUCUUGAGAAAUGCAAGCUAUUCGAGGUAUGUUUGGGGUAUCAUUGUUUAUUGUGUUGAGAGAUUCUUGUGAAAUUUAGACUUGCUGUAUUAUAGAAGUUUAAAAAAAAAAAAAAACACCAUCAUCCUUCACGGAAUGCUAUGAGGUUUCAACCUCAUGCUGUCUCUUUCCUUGUUCUCUUUCACUCAGACCUCAAACACAACUUCAGUAUUCCACCUCCUUCUGCAAUGGCUGGAGCAACAGACUCCUUUCACCAAGGGAACAUCAGGAUAACCUUGGAGGACGCUGAGCUCUGGAAGUCCUUCCAUGAGAUCGGUACGGAGAUGAUCAUCACUAAGCCUGGCAGGAGAAUGUUCCCCCAUUGUAAGAUAAAUAUUUCUGGACUUGUUCCCUAUGCAAAGUACAUUCUUCUGGUGGACAUCGUGCCUGAAGAUGGCUUCAGAUACAAGUGGAAUAAGGAUAAGUGGGAAGUGGCGGGUAAGGCUGAGCCACAGCCACUACACAGGACCUACCUGCACCCAGACUCACCAGCUCCAGGAAGCCAUUGGAUGAAACAGUCGGUCUCCUUUCUCAAACUCAAACUCACCAACAAUGCCCUCGACCAACAUGGACAUAUCAUCCUGCAUUCCAUGCAUCGCUACCAUCCCCGAUUUCACAUCGUUCAAGCUGACGACCUCUACAGUGUACGUUGGAGUGUGUUCCAGACUUUCACGUUCCACGAGACCUCCUUUACUGCUGUCACGGCAUAUCAGAACACCAAGAUUACCAAGCUGAAAAUCGACAACAACCCCUUUGCCAAGGGAUUCAGAGAUGAGGGUAUGAACUCAAAAAGACGUGCAAACAGAGGUCCGGCUGAUGCUGAGCGGCUGGCUAAGAGGCUGAACUCGAUGAUCAGGAACUCAGAUCAAGGUAGUCCACCAGAUUUGCGCCGCUCUUCCUAUGAGGGUUUGGCAGAGGCACGAGCAGGAUGCAAGCAGGGAGUUAAAGAGGAGCCGAGUUCUCCAUGGGGGGGAGCAUCUGAUAGGGAAAACGGCCAAAGCCUAGAACGAGACUCCCCGCUGGGCUCUAAUGCUCGAGACUUGUACAGCUCUGAACAGCUCGUGCCAGGACACGGCACAUACCAACCUUACAGAUUUCCUGAUUACAACAAAUCCCCAUCACCAACCUCCUCCAGUAUGAGCAGCAGCGCUGGCCGCUCCAGUUUCGAAUCUCGAGUGCCUGAUAUAACCGCCGUGCCUGAGCAGGAAAGCAAAGCCACUGAUCUGGUUGUCCCACAGUGUCCUCCACCUGCCACGGCUGGUGUGCAGGACUAUGCGGGGCUGCUGAACGUCGCUGUGGCACCGGCUAAGCCAGGCAUGCUGGGACAUCAUGCACUCUAUGCACCCUACAGCACUGAGCAGUCCUUGAGCCAGUGGAGUGGAACAAGCUCAGCCCAGUACCCAUCCCACCCGCACCAUCACCACCACUUAGCAGCAGACUACGGGACCCAAUCUGUCCAUCAUGGCUACCACCAUGCGAACAUGGCCGACUGGAGCCAGUGCCCACUCUUCUCAUACUCCUGCUGGUGAUCAGAGAUGCAGGGCAAAUGAUGUCCUUGCUCAGCCUCUUUGGAGGGAAAGCGGAAAUCAGAAAAGCUCACAAGAAAUCUGAGACUGAGAUUAGUCAAACGUGAAGAAAUUGUUAUAUAAAGCAUUUUAGCAAAGUAGCUUUUUGUCGAUCUUAUUGCUCAAUUCAAUUGCUUCACUUCAAGACAGAACUAGCGCUGACUGCAUGGUGGUCAAAUGAUCUUAAAAGGAUGCAUGUUUCACCAGUGUUGUGCUUAAGUAUUAACUGCUUGCUUGGUGCCGCAAAAGGACUGGCUUUCUUUCAAACCGGUUGAAAUCUGGGUGCGUUUAUUUAUUUAGUGAAUGUUGCUUAAUAUUAUUUUUGUGUUUGCUGAAAAUUGUACUACAGAAACCUUAUGUGUGGAAAAAGUCAACAUUACGUAAAAGUCAGAUGUGGUUUUAUUUCUGUGUCGACAAUUGUGCGUGCUCAUUAACGUAAACGUAAGUGUCUUAGUUGCUUGUUAUGUCCUAUUUUUUAGGGGGAAGCGGAGUAGACAAGCGAGUCAGUAGGUAGAGUUGAUAAGAGUAAUUAGAAGGUCUGUGUUACAUCCUUAACUACCUACUCUGAUCUAAGAUCUGAUGGAUCAGAACAUCAGGAACCAGGUUUCUUCUGCAAUAUUUAUGCUUCAUUAGAAAGACUGAGUCUGUUGCGAGGCAAUUGCAUAAUUUCUCAAUAUUUUUCAGGUUUGUUUACACAAACAGACCACAGCACAUUCGAAAUACGGACGUGCCGAUGACAUUUAGCUGUUAAAAGGUUCAUCUUUUAGUCACGUUUUCAAAACAACAACAACACAAUAUAGUCAGUCAUUGUAAAAAAUUCUUUUUGCACUCACAAAGAGAAACACUUACGGUAAACAUAAAUCUCAGGGUAAUAAAGAAUCUGAUACAAAAUAUGAGUUUCUGAUUAGAGAACAGUAUCACUGAAAUGAGUGCAUUUUACUUGUUCAAAAUAUACAUUCAUUUACGCUUCGCCCCUGGUGUUGAUUUGCUCAUUUUUGUUUGUUUUUCUCAUUUUCCCUUUCUUUUGUUGACACUAAUGACGUUCCCACCCAACUCCACAACUCUUUCUGUGCACACACUCAUAUUGAGAGCUUUUCUAUGACACUGAAAGACUCCUAAGCAGCGUGAAAAUGGGGGGAUGGCUGACUCAUUUCACAUCUGAAAAGAGCAGACACUGAUGUCUCCACCGUCCCUGAUCUCAGGUGCUAAUCACUGCUGUAAAAGAGGGAGGGGUGGGUGUAUGUGAGUGAGAGAGUGAAUCUCACGUGGGAAAAAAUUGGUCUCAAUGAUGAUGUCUCAAUCAUCAUCAUCACGUUGUCCAAAUUACUGAGAGUUUAAUUUCCAUAUUUUUAGUGUAUUCUGUGGAAACAUGGACACUUUGUGUCUUUUUAAUUUGUUUUAGGAAGCUUGACGGGUAUAAUUUUCAUACCAAAUACUAAGUAGGGAUCGCAGCAUCUGCUUUCUUUGAGAAAGACUGGAGUAAAUCCAGGUAAAACCUAUAGAUGAGUGAAUUUUGUAUCUGAAGAACAAUGGGCAGUAAAGUAAUUUUGGUGUGGGAAAGUAAUAUUUUGGAUUAAAUACUAUAUAGUGGACACAUAUGUUUUGAUUGAAUGAAACUCAUUUUCAACCUCUGCUGAAUUACAUUAUGUUCAGUUCAUUCACGCAUUUAGCACAUUCAACUACAACUACAAGUGGGGGUGGAAUAACCUAGACAGGUAACUAUAUGAUAUAGGAGUAAUCUUUAAACAAAUUGUACGGUCAAUGUUAUAUUUAACUAACUACACCGGUGACUGUCAGCUUUCCGUAUAUACACUACCGUUCAAAAGUUUGGGGUCACUUUGAAAUGUCCUUAUUUUUGAAAGAAAAGCACUGUUCUUUUCAAUGAAGAUCACUUUAAACUAAUCAGAAAUCCACUCUAUACAUUGCUAAUGUGGUAAAUGACUAUUCUAGCUGCAAAUGUCUGGUUUUUGGUGCAAUAUCUCCAUAGGUGUAUAGAGGCCCAUU